AACUUGACUGUUAGGAAAAAGCACCGUGGCUGAAAAGUUUGAAAAAUGGUGAAACUGUGAAACGUUUUUUUCUGUGGUGGCGAUGUAAGAAGAAGCAGCUAUGGAUAUGUCUGUCUUCUUCUUGGGGUUAUUUUUAUAAUGAUAAUAAUGUUGAAGAAGAGAGAAAACACAUUUUUUUCUUGCAAUUCCACAGAAACUACAGUAACUCAUGGAUAAAGGAGCCAGUCGGGAGCCAUGAGCACAGGUGUGAAAAAACCUCCUUUAGCUCCUAAACCUAAGAUCCCAGUCUCUCCCAAGCCGUGCCCCCCUCCCAUCGCUCCCAAACCUGGUGUCCUGCCCCAGGCUCCUGCUUCUCAGCCGUCCCCAUCUACACUCAAGAGACCCAAACCGGCUGUUGCCCCGAAACCCUGUCUUUCCAAAUCUACGUCAUCAACAUCUAUUUCACACCAGUCAAGCAGAAACAGUGGGCUUCAUAUCACACCAGACCAAUACAAGGCUUUGGAAGAUAAUGUUCCACAGCUUAAUACAAAAAAUGGAUUUUUAUCAAAGACUGAUUUUAGAGAACCAGAUUACAUCAUUCCCGCCUGUUUGUGUGGACUUCAGCUCUGUUCAGAGUGCAAGCAUGUUAAAAAUGGAAAUGCCACUGAGGCUGUGAAAGAUUUGCACAAAGACAUUUUGCUGAAUGGUAUUUCUUCAGAAGGAUGUGGUUCAGCAGAGACAAGGCUCCAAGAAAAGCAGGAAGAAGUAGAAGUGGAGGAGAAGGAUCAAAAUGAGGGUAUACAGAAAAGGUCUAGGGACAAACCUCAAAGACAGAAACACUCAGAUAAAUCAUGUGUAAAUCAAGAGACAAAAAAUGAAGAUGUACAAGGUCAAAAUAGUUGUGAACAUGAAAAAUCAAACACUCUUCCCAAUGUUGAGAUACCUGAAACAAACAGUCAACACUCCCCAUUAGCAAGGAUUAUUGUAGAUAUUUCAUCAACUGUAACACCUGAAGCAGUGCAUAGUUCUGCAGAUUCUGCUCUGGUACUAGACAUUGUGGAAGACAUCGUGGCAUCACCUUUGAGGUUGUACUCAGAUUCGGAGGUCCCUGAUCCACCGAGUAAACCCCUACCAGUCCCUCAACCACGUAAAUUUAAGAAGCCAGCACUUGUGAGGCAGGAGGGUGUGGAAACAGCUACUUUCAAUCAAGGGGAACAGACACAUAGUCAGACGGAUGAGGGAAAUAUUUCACCAUACUUCUCUGUAGGUUCAGAGGCAGAAAAGUUUUCACAUGACAUAAAUGGGACAAUAGAAGAUUUUAAUGUGGGCGAGUCAGAUGCUCCUGUCCCUCCCCCUCGACAGACCUCCUUGUCUCCAAGCCUCCACAGAGCAGUACACCUCACACUUCACAAAAAUACCUCCAAGUCUCUAGAACUGCUUUCACAACCUGAAAAGGAGGUAGAGCUGCUUCAAACCACUGAGGACGAAGAGGAUGGUUAUGGGGAUUUUGCACGCUACCCCAUCACUCACAGCCUUCCAAAGCAGGUCAAACUUGGAUGCCGGCAUCAUUUAGAAAGAAGAGCCUUUUCUGCAGAGGACCAUCCAAUACCAAGGGCGCCUAGGGCACCACCACCCAGAAAACCUCAGAGACACAGCCUGCCCGUGCCACCUCCUCCAUCCUGCUGCCCCCCGGCACCUCCCGCACCUCCACAUGCAAGUGCCCCCCUGAGAGAUCUUCCUGCUCCACCACCUGAGAAAUCUGCAUGGAGAUUCAGCCGACCAUCAGUGACUUUCUUUAGCCGACAGGUGCCCAGUCGGUGCAGCGUGCCAGUGAAAAGUCGGGUCCCUCUAAUUGGGAGCAAGCAGAGGGCACAGUCUUUCUCUGCAGCUGACCUGGCAACGCGGAUGGACACCCAGAGGAAAAGCCUGUCUUUCCGAAAGCUUAUUGAAUUAAGGCUUUCUGUAAAGAUGCUGCCCAAACUGCUAACGAGGAGUUCUCUAGAUUGUACCAAUGUGGAGACAAACUACACAGAAAAACAACUGGAGCGGACUAAUAGUUGCAUUGGGGAUAUACAUGAAGAUGGAGAGAGCUCUGUAGAGUAUGAGAAUGUCCCCCUGUAUGAGGAGAUACCGGAGUACAUGAACCUGCCGUUUCACAGUGCAAGACUGGGAUGGCCUGAUGAUGCAGAUGAUAUCUAUGAAGAACAAGACCCCUACCACAGGUGUCAUGACAGCGACUAUGAAAGUAGUUGGCUGAGGCAGGAUGUCCACUCUGAGGAAGAUGAAAUUCAUAGCUCAGAUGAAGAAUAUAACAGUUCAACAUCCAGCAAAGAGCAAACUAAUGAAGUGGACCGGCAGCUUGAAGAAGAAAUCAAACGUAAGAAAGUGGUGCACAUUGCUCAGGAGAUCAUGAGUUCAGAAAAAGUGUUUGUAGAUGUCCUGAAGCUUCUUCACAUAGACUUCCGAGAUGCUGUUGCCCAGGCGACCCGUCAGAAUGGCAAGGCCAUAAUGGAUGAGCGCAUCCUCAACCAAAUCUUGUAUUAUCUGCCUCAGCUGUAUGAGCUAAAUAAAGACCUGCUGAAGGAGCUGGAAGAGAGAGUGGCUCACUGGAUGGAUCAUCAGAGACUGUCUGACAUCUUUGUCAAAAAGGGCCCUUAUCUAAAAAUGUACUCCACCUACAUUCGUCAGUUUGACAUCAACGUGGCUCUGUUGGAUGAACAAUGCAGAAAAAACCCAGCAUUUGCUGCUGUUGUUCGAGAGUUUGAGAUGAGUCCAAGAUGUGCAAAUUUAGCUCUGAAACACUACUUGUUAAAACCAGUGCAACGAAUCCCCCAAUACCAGCUUCUGCUCACAGAUUACAUGAAGAAUCUCUCUGCUGAUUCAGAAGAUCACAAAGACACUCAAGCUGCACUGUGUAUAGUGAAAGAAGUGGCCAACCAUGCUAAUGACAUUAUGAAACAAGGGGAUAACUUCCAGAAGCUGAUGCAAAUUCAGUACAGUCUCAACGGUCAGCAUGAAAUUGUACAACCAGGAAGGGUGUUUUUAAAAGAGGGCACUUUGAUGAAGCUUUCACGGAAGGUUAUGCAGCCUCGAAUGUUUUUCUUGUUUAAUGAUGCCCUAAUGUAUACCACACCAGUCCAAUCUGGGCAGUACAGACUGAACAGUAUCCUCUCCUUAGCUGGAAUGAAGGUGAGCAAACCCAGCCAAGAGGCCUAUCAGAACGAGCUGAAUAUUGAGAGCGUGGAGCGCUCUUUUAUACUGUCAGCUAACUCAGCCUCAGAAAGAGAUGAGUGGUUGGAGGCUAUUGCCACAGCAAUAGAUGAUUACACCAAGAAGAAAAUAACAUUCAUAUCAAGUCGUAGCCAGGAGGAGGCCGAGGAAACUGUAGAUAAUGGGGCUCCGCUGGGUUCAAAAGCUCCGAUUUGGAUCCCGGACCUGCGGGCAACAAUGUGCAUGAUAUGUACCUGUGAGUUCACUCUUACCUGGAGAAGACAUCACUGCCGAGCCUGUGGCAAGGUGGUGUGUCAGGCCUGCUCCACUAAUAAGUACUAUCUGGAGUACUUAAAGAACCAGCCUGCACGUGUUUGUGACCAGUGCUUUGCUAUACUACAAGAAAAUAAAGAUCGUUGCGCAUCAGCAUCAAUAUCCCCAAUCAAAGCUGGAGCUUUUUCCUUCACUAGGAAACAGAAGAAGAUUCCUGCUGCACUAAAAGAGGUUUCAGCUAAUACAGAAAACUCAUCAAUGAGUGGCUACUUAAACAGAUCUAAAGGUAACAAAAAGCAGUGGAAAAGGCUCUGGUUUGUUAUCAAGGAUAAAGUCCUCUAUACCUAUGCAGCCAGUGAGGAUGUUGCUGCAUUGGAAAGUCAGCCUUUGUUAGGCUUCUUUCUGCGAGAAGAGAAAAAUGGACCUGCACAGAAGUUACAGUUUAAGCUGUAUCACAAAAACACACUAUUUUACAUCUUUAAAGCAGAUGACAUACCGACUGCACAAAGAUGGAUUGAGGCAUUUCAAGAGGCAAUGAUACUUGAAGAAUAACAUCCAAGAUGAGUUCUGAAGUGGAAAACCCAUAAUAAACUCAGGUGGACUCCAGCCUAUGUACUUAAAGCAGAAACACAACAUAAUAUGGCCGGGAGGCAAGUUAUGCACCGCAGAAUGUGGCUAUGACUUUCUGUCAAUAUGGAGGCCAAAGAUAAUAAGAUUGUGAGUUCAUAUUCAAAAGAAAGUUUGUGAAAGUGUCAAUGAACAGACAAUAUAAUGGGAGAUUAUGUUAAUGUUAAUAAGCUAAGAAUUUAAUUGCCACAAAACACUAAUUUUCUCAUUCCUAGAUAAAACAUUUUCUUUUUAUUUACAGGAAUGGUCAAAUUAGUAGAAAGAAAGAAUUUAAGUAAUAAAAAAGGGCCUACAACGUUUUAGCGAGUAUUUUAUAGUUGGUAUUUGUUUUUACUGAAUAACCUUUUCACCACAGUAAGGUAUUUUUAAUGCAAAAAUCUCUUAUAAUUGUGGAUUCAAAUUUUACUGUGAAUAUUAGGCAUAUCUUAUUGUGCAGGGUGAUCUCUCUUAUGUUGCCUUCCUGGUGAAAACUGGAACCGCUGCAAUUAAUGUAAACAUGUAGUAUAUGCAAUACAGGUCAAUUCAUUAUUUGCAUUGACUAACGGUGUACAUGAAAGAGCUACAGUGAGAAACUAAUCAUCAAACUAAUGCU